AUGGUCAGUGCAGUGAGAUUUGUGGAACUAAUCAUGCCUUUAUGCGUGCGCCCGGAAAGAUACGUCGAACUCCUCAUUGCCCCAAUCUUCCCUGUAGGCUCCCUGCUCCGCCAGCGCGACAACUGUCCGAAUCAUUUGACGCUUCUUCUCACUGAGCAGCCCCUCGACUUCUACUUCAGGUUCGGGGAGCUCCGGCAGGGGAACUUGAGUCUCAGCAGAACCUUCCCUUUUUUUAUCUCUCCUUUCCCGCGAAUUUUAUCCAUUUUGCUCAGUUGGGGAGCGGAGGUACCCUCGAGCGGUGGCUGGGCAGUGAUCUUUGUGGUAGCGGGGGGGAAACAACCCCGACCAGCCGGCCUGUACGCCGCUCACGCGAAGAAGUUAUUCUCUAAUUCCAAAAAGUAA